UUUUUUCUGGGCUGAGCUUUACCCAGGCAGACAAUCAAACCCAAGAUUACCAACGUCGUUUUAGUCUUUUUAUUUGCUAGCUUUUGAUUCAACGAUCCCUUUGCCUCGUUGCUGGAUAAAGCACUGUUCCUUUAUAUUCGCACUGGGCCAACUGAACAAGAACAGGAAGUGCAAGUCCUAUAUUGUUUCAGGGAGCAAUCUACUUCCACCAAGUAAGAUAAUAACUCAAAAUUAAAGCUAUACUGGCUAAGAUGGGACUGUUCGGAAAAACACAGGAAAAGCCACCGAAAGAAAUGAUAAAUGAGUGGACUCAGAAAAUCAGGAAGGAAUCAAGAUCGCUCGACAGACAAAUUAGAGAUAUUCAAAGGGAAGAGGAAAAAGUAAAGAGAUCCAUCAAAGAUGCUGCCAAAAAGGGUCAGAGGGAUGUUUGUGUGAUUCUCGCCAAGGAGAUGAUUCAGUCCAAACGAGCCGUCUCAAAGCUCUAUUCCUCGAAAGCUCAACUCAACUCGGUGACACUCAGCAUGAAGAAUCAGCUUUCUUUACUGCGUGUGGCCGGUUCCAUGCAGAAGAGCACAGAGGUGAUGAAAGCCAUGCAGAACCUCGUCAAAAUCCCAGAGAUACAGGCCACCAUGCGAGAUCUAUCAAAGGAGAUGAUGAAGGCUGGAAUCAUUGAGGAAAUGCUGGAGGACACGUUUGAGAGCAUGGAAGAUGGAGAGGAGAUGGAAGAGGCAGCUGAGGAGGAAGUUGACAAUAUCCUCUUUGAGAUCACAGCAGGAGCCCUCGGCAAAGCGCCCAGCAAAGUCACAGACGCCCUGCCCGAGAUGCCUUCAGGGGCCACCGCAGUCUCAGAGGAUGAGUCUGAGGAAGACAUGGAACAAAUGCAGUCCAGACUGGCAGCUCUUCGAAGCUAAAUUGGUAUUUUUCUGAGACAAUACAGCAGUACUGAGUAGUACUCCUCUGCGACUUGUUCUAAUUUAAUUUGCGUAUUAUCUGGGGUUAUAUUUGUGGGUCAUUCAUGUCACUUAUGAUUUGGUCAAAAGUUUUUUUUUUUUUGUUGUUUUUUUUUUUAUCAAUGGUAAUCCUUGGUAAGUAUACUAUCCAAAGACGAUUAGAAGGUUUGAGAGUGUAAAUAAUGUAAGUAUGAAAAGCCUACUGUGCCUAUAGUGCUUCAUCUUAGUCCUCUUGUGUCCUAUGUUAUGGACCUCAAGAUAUUGUUGGUUAUUUGUUUCCAACUCACCAUUGACAAGGUGGUCAUUAAAAUGGUCACAUCACUAAUUAGUCUUGGUUAUCUAAAACACUAGAGUUGUUGGGUACGUGUCUUUCUAAAGACUUCUGUACAGUGUCUUUACGAUACUAAUUAUACCUGUCAUAAAAAUGCACGCAAAACUAGUUCUUUAAGCGUCAAAACUGCUUGUCCAAAGUUUACUUCAUAAAUGAGAAAAAAAAAAAACACAACGUGCAAAGGCACUGGAAUGGCUGUACAGGGAAUCUGUAUUGUGUAAGUGCAAUUUAUGUAUAUUUACUUUCGAUGUAAAUGGGGUGAAAUAAUAAGGAAAUAAACUUUUAAGGACAA